CAGCAGUCCUGGGCAUCACACGACAAGUGGUCGCGUAUAUACCUACCUGACCUAACCUAAUAUAUGUAAUACCACCACGCCACUUCGGAAGCCAGCCCCUCCUCCCCGAGGCAAGCGAUGGUCGUCUGCAAAUUCUUCCAGCAAGGGCGAUGCAGAUAUGGAGACAGCUGCCACAAUGAGCACCCGCAAGCGAAUCGAUUUGCUCCACUUGCCAACCAGGGAGGAAGCGGCGCUUUUGGCUCGAGAGGCCGCGUGAAUGGCAAUGCGGAGGAUAAUCCCUUUUUCCUGCUCUCAGAGGACAUCCGCUGGGAUUUGACUUGGCGUCGCGACAAUGAGAAGGGCGAACGGCCUCUCUAUCCCUUCGGUGCAUAUGGACCCGGGAAGGGCGCCCCAAAACAGCUGAUUGAAGGCGAGCUCGAGCUAAGUCCAGAAGAGCUCCGAGUGCAGGCAUAUCUCGCUAAUGCUAAUGGGCAAUUACCGCAAUUCCAAGCGCAAUAUGCUCAACUAGAAAACUUGAUGAACACUAAAGUGCAAAACAUCCUUCAAAAUACCGAAGAUGCGAGACGAUUUGCUGGCGACACAUCACAUCCAAAUCGAAACGACAGCAAUAUCAAACCUGCGGGCGGAACUUGGCCUUACAGACUGGGACAGACUCAGAGCAGCUCAUCUAGCGGAUUUGGGAUGAGCGCGCAGCCUUCGCAGCCUUCGAGUGCUUUUGGCGCAGCGUCGAGACCGGGAUUUGGAAGUGCAUCUCAGCCAGCGUUUGGAGCGCCAUCAAUGCCAAGCAGCGGAAGCGCCUUUGGUGCGCCUUCGGCAGGAGCUGGAGGCUUUGGUGCACCGUCAGCGUUAGGGUCCAAACCUUCGCCGUUCGGUACAGGUGCAAGCGCAGCACCCAGUACGGGGUUCGGUGCUCCUUCUGCGCUUGGCUCAAAGCCGAGUCCUUUUGGAGCUACUCAACAGGCGGCGAGUCCUUUUGGAGCUCCUCAACAGGCAGCGAGUGGCUUUGGAGCGCCAUCGGCAAUAGGUGCGAGGCCAUCCGCGUUUGGAGCACCACAGCAACCUGCCAGUGGCGGGUUCGGCGCACCUUCCCAGCCGGCAUUUGGCUCAAGUGGCUUUGGCAGCAGUGCAGCACGACCUGCUGCAAACCCUUUCGCAGCUCCAGCUGCACAGUCGGGCGGCGGUUUUGGGAGCCAACAGCCAGCACCACAAACGAAUAGCUCGCCAUUCGGCGGCAGCCAACAACAGCAAGCCCAGACAGCAGGCUCAGCUUUCGGCGCACCAUCAGCUUUUGGUGCGGCUCGACCUUCGGCGUUCGCCACGGCGGCACAGCAGCAACAACCGCAGACAGGGCUGAAUAGACCCAGUCCAUUUGCGGCAACUACAUCAACUUUCGGCGCCACCAGUCUGGGUGCAGGCGCGCCGCAAAGUGCAGGGACCCCGCAAGCCGGGACGCCUACCACAUGGAAAGGGCAUCGUGUCGUCAGAGAUGAGAAGCUCGACACACCAGGAUAUGUCGUCCAAGAUGCUACCGCUCCCAACGGGCAAGGCAUAGAGCGUAUAUGGUUUCUAUCCGGCCCACCUGACAUAUCCGAGAAGCUGAAUGCAAUGACGGAGGCACCUGCUGCAGUGUAUGAAGAUCCCGCAAUAGGGCCGAAGUUGAAAGAGAUAUACGAGUGGACUGCUCAGCAUGGAACCUUUGUCAAGGAUGGAGCAAUCAUGAUGCCUGAAAUACCGCCCAAGAGGGAGUGGUGCACGUUUGAAUUUUAGAAAUUACAUUGAGAAGCACCUAGGUUGCUGUACGAGUAGAGAAGAUCUUGAUGCCUGCAAAGGCGUAAAACUACGAUGAAUCCACAUGCAUGAC